AUGUUCGCUCGAGCCAUCCCUCGUGCGGCCCGGGCGCCUAUCGCCUCUCUCCCGCCCAAGUCUGCCGUCGGGGUUGCUGCUGCUGCCCUCAGCAGCAUCACCGGGGCGCCGUCCAAGACUGACGGACGGGUUGCCGCUCCCAAGAAUACGACCGGCGUCCAGAGACGCUGGGCUUCCGGUCCUGCCACGGCCGGCAGCAAGGGGAAGAACGUGCCGGCUACCCAGAAGGCCGCUGCCCCCGCCAGCUCCGUCCCCGCUACCUUCACCAUCCGCGACGGUCCCAUCUUCCAGGGCAAAUCGUUCGGUGCCAACACCAACAUCACCGGCGAGGCCGUCUUCACCACGUCCCUCGUCGGCUACCCCGAGUCCAUGACGGACCCGUCGUACCGAGGCCAGAUCCUCGUCUUCACCCAGCCGCUGAUUGGCAACUACGGCGUGCCGUCCAUGGAGCGCGACCAGUGGAACCUGCUCAAGUACUUUGAGUCCCCCCACGUGCAGUGCGCCGGCAUCGUCGUGUCCGACGUCGCCCUCAACUACAGCCACUGGACGGCCGUCGAGAGCCUCGGCCAGUGGUGCGCCCGAGAGGGCAUCCCCGCCAUCUCGGGCGUCGACACCCGCGAGAUCGUCACAUACCUCCGCGAGCGCGGCUCCUCGCUGGCCCGCAUCUCGGUGGGCGAGGAGUACGACGCCGACGAGGACGAGGGUUUCGUCGACCCCGGCCAGAUCAACCUGGUGAAGCGCGUCAGCACCAAGGCACCCUUCGUCAUCGAGUCCCCCGGCGCGGCCUACCACGUCGCCCUUCUAGACUGCGGUGUCAAGGAGAACAUCCUGCGCAGCCUGGUCAGCCGCGGCGCCUCGGUCACCGUCUUCCCUCACAACUACCCGAUCCACAAGGUCGCCCAGCACUACGACGGGGUCUUCAUCUCCAACGGACCCGGCGACCCCACCCACUGCCAGGAGACGGUGUACAACCUGGCCCGCCUGAUGGAGACGUCGUCCAUCCCCAUCAUGGGCAUCUGCCUGGGCCACCAGCUCCUCGCCCUGGCCGUGGGUGCCCGCACCAUCAAGCUCAAGUAUGGCAACCGCGCCCACAACAUCCCGGCCCUGGACCUCACCACCGGCCAGUGCCACAUCACCAGCCAGAACCACGGCUACGCCAUCGACUCCAGCACCCUGCCCGACGACUUCAAGGAGUACUUUGUCAACCUCAACGACGGCAGCAACGAGGGCAUGAUGCACAAGACCCGCCCCAUCUUCUCCACCCAGUUCCACCCCGAGGCCAAGGGCGGUCCCAUGGACUCCUCCUACCUCUUUGAGAAGUACCUCCAGAACGUCAAGCUUGCCAAGGAUAGCCAGGCCGUCUACAAGGACAACAGGCCUACCCAGUUCCUCCUCGACAUCCUCAGCAGGGAGCGAGUCGGUGUCGACCCCACGCCUCUGGCUGGAAGCGGUUGA